UUUAAAUUUUAUUUUAAAAUGGGUGAAACGCGAUUCAUUAAUAUUUUGGAGCUGGCUUUAAAAGGGGAAACUAAAGAAAUGGAUGUGAUUAAACAUAUUAUUGAAGAUGAAUCUACUAAUAUAGAUAUUAUCAAGUUUUUGCUGAAUCAAAUAUCCUUAAGAAUAAUUUCUAUUACUGAUAUAUCUAUAGAUAUUAUUUGGAGCUUUUUAGAUUCUAAAAAUGUUUAUAAUCCAAUUGUUUAUGAUUUAUAUAGUACAAUUAUAUGUGAAAUACUACUUUGCCAUCCCUUUUCUUUAAAAUCAGGAUUGAAAUAUAUACUUAAUCUUCUCAUUACCACAUCAGAAUCAGAUAAAAUGAAUAUAGUUCAUUUUGAGCAUUAUAAUAAUCUCAUAUCAUUGAUCACUAGGAUCUAUAAUAUAUUUCCAAGUUCAUCAUCAACUAUGACAGAUUUAAUUAGACAUAACUUUCCACACCCCAAUAAAAUUUGUACUUUUCAUUGUAAUUAUCUAAUAAUGGCCCUAAGAAUUAUAAAUCUAAUUAAUCAAUCAGAUAAAGAAGUUUUAAUGGAUAGUUGCAUCAAUUAUGUCUUAAAUAUUGAUAUUAAUUGUACUAACAUUUACAACAAUAAUGAAAACAACAUAUCACAAAACUUAUUGCCAGUUUUUGACACAUUUAUUAAAGCGCUUGACCAAAAUUCUGAAUCUAUGCCAUUCCUGGAAAAUAAUUAUGAUUCCUGUUUAAUAAAAAUUGAUGAAAUGCUUUAUCUAUUACUAAAUCAUAUCAAAUCCCAUUUUGACAAUCAUUUAUCAGAUAAUCAAUCAAGUUUAGUUCACAACAUAUUUACAGCAUUUGAUAAUCAUAUUUUGCACCAAAAAGAAUGCUACCACACUCAUUUUUUAGUAUUCUAUAUCUGUCAUUUUUCACCAAAUUAUGCCGAAAAUUUUAUCGAAUUUUGUUGGAAAAAAUUUACUAAUCCUAAAUUAUCUCCAUUCGUUCAUCACAAUUCAAUAUAUUAUAUGGGUUCUUUCAUUGCCAUGGCAAACUUUGUUCACAUCAAAUCAGUGUUUGCGUCCAUCGAAGCUCUAUCCAAUUGGGCUCUAUAUUACCUCUCUCAAAAGCAUUUAAAGACCGUAAAUACUCACAAAAACAGCGGUAAUAAUAUAUCCAAUAUGCGCACCUCAUCCCACGUUAUCGACUCGGACUUGGAAAUGCAUUACGAUUUCUACGUAGUCUGUCAAACCCUGUUAUAUAUCGUAUGUGCUAGACAUCAACAAAUUUUUAACGAUGCAGAUCAAUCUUUUAUCAAAGGACUAAGUUGGGAUAGAAUAUUAUUUUCCGAUUUAAACCCGCUCAAGUUUUGUUCCACUCCGAUAAUCAAUCGCUUUUCAUCCAUAACUAGGCAAUACAAAAUUUUAUAUUGUAACACCGUAAUCGAGCACAAUGAUCGAAUGCAAAAAAUAAACAAAUACGAUCUCAAAAUUUCUCCUUCUCUCCGAGCCAUGUCUUCUAAAAUAACUCCUCAAAAUAUCCUCGGUGCUUUUUAUCCUUUUCAGAAAUUCUUGUUGAAAAAGAGUUCUAUUUUCAUUGAUCCCUUGAUUUACAAUAACUCUACACCGAAGAAUGAAAAUGGCGUCACAAAUAGUCACCGAGUUUGCAGCAAUCAGCAGGUGUCAAAGAAUGACCCAUACCCUUGUACCGAAUGCAUGGCGGAAUUAUCUGAAGACCAUCUAGCACAUUUUAAUAGCGAAUACACGCUUGGCCUAACGCCUCCAGAUAAAUUCUUAUAUCUCAGUUUAGUCGACCAAUUUUCGAAUUCUACACCCUUCUCGCCACCUUAUUGACAAUUGAUAUUUCAUAAAAUAAUUCAUUAUUUUUUUUGACGUCAAAUUUUAUUGUGAAUUGUGAUUUUGUCAAUUCUUGCUUGAAAUAUUUAAAACAUUUUUUUAUUAUUUUUUGGUAAAAAUAAAUAGA